GUUAUACAGUUUUGGUCUAUAAUGAACUGUUGCCAGGUACAAUUGCUGGGAUUUCAGUCUUGAAAAAUAAAAGUGUAGUGGGUCAAGGGUUUUCGACUGCUUGCGAAGGUUUUAAAGUUCACAUACAAAAUUCUGUAAAAAGUUAUGACCUUUCAUCCUCUGUCCAGUUUUCACAUGAAAAAGAUAAGUUUCGUGGACCAUUCACAAAUGACCGGGAUCACAAGUGGAAAUUUACUGGUAGUAAAAAUAAAUGGGAUAUUGAACAACUAGCCUA